AUGCACACCACAGCUGUUUUCGUUCUCUUUCUAAUCCUCUCGGUAAUUGUUUCGUUUAACACGCAAGGAGUUUCUUCACUCGUUACUCCAAAGCAAUCCUAUUUCUUGUGGCCAAACACUACCACAGGUGAUGCAACAGUCUUUUUCAAGGAUGGCAGUUCGAAACCAAUUGUCACUUUAUGGGUAGGUUACGCUGCCUAUGAUGAUAUUGCAGGAGUAAAAACAAGUAUUGCCAACAUUAUCUCUUCAGGUUCCAUUCCAUACAUCCAAUCUUACAGUUUUGGUGAUAAUGGACUUCGUGGGAAUUACAAUCUCUCCGUUGAAUUUGAUAAACAAGUUGCCAUUGCCCUUGGAUCAAAUUUUGCCUUUGUCAACUUGGAAACUGAAUGGGAUGUCGAAGAAGUUUUGACACUUUUCCAAACAGCUGAAGGAACUCAAUGUUUGAAAGAUAGAGUCAACAUGUUCAGAACCUAUGCUCCUAAUACUAUCGUUGUGAGCUCUCCUGGAUUAUGGAAGUCAACCAGUAGUUAUACUUUCUUUUCUUCAAUUGAUGCUACGUUGAAUGCUCGUGCCAUUUUGACACAUAUUGUCAAUAUUGGAAACACAACAUGUUCUUUGAAAUAUGAUGGUAGUUAUUGGACAAGUGGAGCAAAUUCAUUGAGUGAUGCUCUUGUUUUAUUGGACGAUACCAUUACUUCUGAUUUGCAAAAGAUGAAUGAUGCUUGGGGAACAGUUUCACCAAUGGAAUGGAUUAUUGCUGACUCUGGAGUGACUUCAUGUGGUUGGGGAGAAAGUGGACAAGCAACAAUUUUGAAUAUUCUUGUGAAGAAUCUUGAUUGUUUAUAUAAAGGAGGUUUCAGAGGAUUCAUCCUACGUAACUCUGGUCCAUCCCUCUCUGAACGUGCCAUGGGUAUCAAUAACGAAGGCAUGUUCACUUACACAACUUCACCUUCCUCAGUUACUGUCUUGAACACUGGAUUGACAAGAGCAAGGCAAUUAUUUGUCAAUAAUCAAACACCUAAUUGUGUCCAAGCUGAUACUGUCUAUACUGUUACCAUUAAUUCAAAUUCUAAUGCUUAUUGGGCUCAGAUUAGUGUCCUUCCAUAUUCAACCAUUCAAAAUGUUACCUUUACAUGUUCUGGAAUUAGUUCAUUGUUGGCUACCUCCGCAUGGUCUAGUUCUGUCUUUGUAAAGAGUUUGUCUCCAGGGUGUCCAUUGGAUUCUUCCAUAACUGUUACUAUAAACGGAAAUGCCAAAGUGUCAAUGAAUUUUACAGUGGGAACAAGCGCCACUUCUGCAUCAUCCUCAUCAAAUGGAGGAAGUAGUUCUGGAAAUAACACAAAUACCAAUAAUGGAACUGUCAUUAAUCCAAGCAAUGGAAAUAACACCAACACCAAUAAUGGAACUAGCUCAAAUAAUGGAACAGUCAUUACUCCUACCACUUCCACUGUAAAACCUACCACCUCAACAGUCGUACCAAAGACUUCAUCAACCAAUAGUGGAAGUUCCUCAUCCAACUCAACCACAAAUCCAACAAGCUCAGGAAAUUCCAAUAGAAAUGGAACUGUAAUAAGCUCUGCCAAUUCAUUCAAGAGUUCCACUAGUGCUCUAUUCACUCUCUGUCUACUCUCUUUCCUAUUCUUGUUAGACUUUUCAAAGUUGAUAUGUGUUAACAAUUAA